CUGCCUCGCAGCCGUCGGGAUGGAGGUGAGAAGGCGGCCGUGACGCACGAACGCGCGAACCCCUGCACCCCAGCGGCCCGCUGCGCUCCCUGCCCCCCUCCCCGGCGGCAGCCGGCCUUGCCGUCGAGUGACAGCGGCCUGGGGGGGCAGGGGGGGCGGGGGCGGCCGGACCAGCGAUGCCGGCGGGCAUGACGAAGCAUGGCUCCCGCUCCACCAGCUCGCUGCCGCCCGAGCCCAUGGAGAUCGUGCGCAGCAAGGCGUGCUCGCGGCGUGUGCGCCUCAACGUCGGGGGUCUGGCGCACGAGGUGCUCUGGCGGACCCUGGACCGCCUGCCCCGCACGCGGCUGGGCAAGCUCCGCGACUGCAACACGCAUGACUCGCUGCUGGAGGUGUGCGACGACUACAGCCUCGACGACAACGAGUACUUCUUCGACCGCCACCCGGGCGCCUUCACCUCUAUCCUCAACUUCUACCGCACAGGGCGGCUGCACAUGAUGGAGGAGAUGUGUGCGCUCAGCUUUAGCCAAGAGCUUGACUACUGGGGCAUCGACGAGAUCUACCUGGAGUCCUGCUGUCAGGCCCGCUACCACCAGAAGAAGGAGCAGAUGAACGAAGAGCUCAAGCGUGAGGCCGAGACGUUGCGGGAGCGCGAGGGAGAGGAGUUCGACAACACGUGCUGCGCAGAGAAGAGGAAGAAGCUCUGGGACCUGCUGGAGAAGCCCAAUUCCUCUGUGGCUGCCAAGAUCCUGGCUAUAAUUUCCAUUAUGUUCAUCGUCCUCUCCACCAUUGCCCUGUCACUCAAUACACUGCCUGAGCUGCAGAGCCUUGAUGAGUUUGGCCAGAACACAGACAACCCGCAGCUGGCCCAUGUGGAGGCUGUGUGCAUCGCGUGGUUCACCAUGGAGUACUUGCUGCGAUUCCUCUCCUCGCCCAAAAAAUGGAAGUUCUUCAAGGGCCCACUCAACGCUAUUGACUUGCUAGCCAUCUUGCCAUACUACGUCACCAUCUUCCUCACUGAAUCCAACAAGAGUGUGCUGCAGUUCCAGAAUGUUCGUCGUGUGGUCCAGAUCUUCCGCAUCAUGCGCAUCCUGCGCAUCCUCAAGCUUGCACGCCACUCCACUGGCCUCCAGUCCUUGGGCUUCACUCUGCGCAGAAGCUACAAUGAGCUGGGCUUGCUCAUCCUCUUCCUUGCCAUGGGCAUCAUGAUCUUCUCCAGCCUUGUCUUUUUUGCAGAGAAGGAUGAGGAUGACACCAAGUUCAAAAGCAUCCCAGCCUCUUUCUGGUGGGCCACCAUCACCAUGACAACAGUUGGGUAUGGAGACAUCUACCCCAAAACUCUCCUGGGGAAAAUUGUUGGUGGUCUCUGCUGCAUUGCUGGGGUCCUGGUGAUUGCUCUUCCCAUCCCCAUCAUUGUCAAUAACUUCUCUGAGUUCUAUAAGGAACAGAAGAGGCAAGAGAAAGCAAUUAAACGAAGAGAGGCUCUGGAGAGAGCCAAGAGGAAUGGCAGCAUUGUCUCCAUGAACAUGAAGGAUGCUUUUGCACGGAGCAUUGAGAUGAUGGACAUCGUGGUUGAGAAAAAUGGGGAGAACAUGGGUAAAAAGGAUAAAGUACAAGACAAUCAUUUAUCUCCCAACAAAUGGAAGUGGACAAAGAGGACACUGUCUGAAACCAGCUCAAGUAAGUCCUUUGAAACCAAGGAGCAGGGAUCCCCUGAAAAGGCCAGAUCAUCUUCUAGUCCUCAGCACCUGAAUGUCCAGCAACUAGAAGACAUGUACAACAAAAUGGCCAAGACCCAGUCCCAACCUAUCCUCACUACCAAGGAUUCAGCAACACAGAGCAAACCAAAGGAAGAACUUGAAAUGGAGAGCAUCCCCAGCCCUGUAGCCCCUCUACCAACUCGUACAGAAGGGGUUAUUGACAUGCGAAGCAUGUCGAGCAUCGAUAGCUUCAUUAGCUGUGCCACAGACUUCCCCGAAGCCACCAAGUUCUCUCACAGCCCUCUGGCAUCACUCCCCAGCAAGCCUGGGGGCAGCACAGCUCCAGAGGUGAGCUGGCGGGUGGCUCUGGGUGCCAGUGGUGGGAGGCUUGUGGAAGCCAACACCACCCCCGAUGCCAGCCAUCACUCUAGUUUCUUCAUUGAGAGCCCCAAGAGCUCCAUGAAGACCAACAACCCUUUGAAGCUCCGAGCGCUCAAAGUCAACUUCAUGGAGGGCGAUCCCAGCCCUCUCCUCCCUGUUCUGGGAAUGUAUCAUGAUCCCCUUAGGAACAGAGGGGGCGCUGCAGCUGCUGUCGCUGGACUAGAGUGUGCCACGCUCUUGGACAAGCCUGUGCUGAGCCCAGAGUCCUCCAUCUACACCACAGCCAGUGCUAGGACACCACCCCGCUCACCCGAGAAACCCACAGCAAUAGCAUUCAACUUUGAGGCGGGUAUCCACCAGUACAUCGAUGCAGACACGGAUGAUGAGGGGCAGCUGCUGUACAGUGUGGACUCCAGCCCUCCCAGGAGUGUCCGAGGGAGCGCCAGCCCCAAGUUCAGCAUCGGCUCUAGAUCGGAGAAGAACCACUUCGAAAGCUCCCCCAUACCCACCUCCCCUAAGUUCUUAAAGCAGAACUGUAUUUACUCCACUGAGGCAUUGACUGGAAAAGGCCCCAGUGGUCAGGAAAAGUGCAAACUCGAGAACCACAUCUCUCCCGAUGUCCGUGUGUUGCCCGGGGGAGGAGCUCAUGGGAGCACACGGGACCAGAGCAUCUGAACUCCCCACCGCAAAGGGGACACUGUGGGCAAGGUCCAAGGAGGACGGCUGUUCAGCUUACCUGCCACAGAGCUUCUCUUCAUGAACUCAGAAACAGAAAAGCUCUGCAACGCUCCCAGGAAGAAGAGAGACUCAUGGAAGUCCCCUGAGACCUGGAGAACCAUGACAGGUCCAUCACCAUGGAAUUGGCCAAGCUUUGGGGACAGUGCCUCCUUGUAAUAAUUCCACUGCCCUCUUUGGGAGAUGAUAAGCGGAGCUCACAACCACCACUACCACCGGUCUAGACCUAACUGAGGCCACCAAUCCCCACCCUUCUCUUGUGGCUUCUCUAUCACAGCCUCUAGGGACAAUAUUUCCAUCCUUUCUUGGCUUCAGUUGGAGAAGGAUGCUGGAACAAGUGGCUGGUAUUGAAAGAGUGCAUUUGACCAAUUUGGUAUUAAGUGUCGCCUGGCCACCUCUAGGAAGACCUGUCCAUCACCUCUUGGAUCCCACUGUUAGAAGGCCCCAGGGCACACUUGUGUCUUGGGGAAAUCGCGCCAUACGCCACGAUCCCAGAGCAAAACCCUUCCUCAAAUGACUUCAUUGACUUCAGUAUUCCAUAGUACCUGAGAUUUUAUUUUGAGAUACCAUCAGGGUGAGUUGCACCAUUUGUACUCGAUUCUUAUUGCCCUCUGGCAAUCUGGGAAGGGUUCAGAAGGCGGGCACGCAGCCAAUGGGAUGAACUCCGCAUUGCUUUAGGGUUAUAGAAAGAAAAUAAUUUCUGUACAUCGCUAGAGUAGACUCAAAAGAUAUCCAAGUGUCAAAUAUGCAAAAGAAAUAGCUUAUUCAAAGAGACUCUGUGUUACUGAAGAACAGCAUAAAAAUCUGAUUUUCUUUUUUACCUGCAAAAAUGAAAGGAAAAAAAAAAAAAAACCACCCCUCGUUAAAUGCCCCACCCAGACUUUUGAAUACUUCCUGCUGCAGCAGGGAAAGCACCUAUUAUAAUAGAAAUUCAUUUUGUUUCCUGUGGUAUUCAAGCUAAAAGAAAUUUAAUAAAAAGCACUUUAUGUUUUUCAAAUAUAGGUUCUACCAGGGACAGUGUCACCGUUUUGCACUUUAAAACAAGCACUAUUCCCCAUGGGCCACCUGUUGACGCUGUAUUUGGGUUGUUGCUACAGGCCCAUGUUUCAGCCACAGUGGGCGUCAUCCGAGUCCGUGGGCUCCUCCCCUGCCCCUCUGGAACGUCCCCUCACCCUCAUGGGCCAGGAGGGGUUCCCAGCCCUGGAUUAGGGCCUCUCCUAAAGUCACCUGCACAGGAGACAUGCACAUCUCAGAAGGUCCCAGCAACGGUUGGGCAUUGGGUGUUUGUUCAUUCUUGUCAACUAGCCAUUGGUGUGGUUUCAGUGUCAGUCUGUCCUCCAAGCUCAGCUCUCCUUCCUGCAGCCAUCAAUGCAGACAGUACAGACAAAAGCAAUAAGUAUUCGUGCAUAUCCUGAGCGGUUCUGGUGUGUUUCUUGAUGUUGGUCUUCCUGUCCUCGUUUGAUGAUCUGCUAUCAUCCUGCUUGCUUUUACUCCAACGUCAUGGUGUUGUUGGUCAUUCCUCAGUACAGCGACACCAGGUUGAGCCACUAAUUAACACAAUGUUGUUGUACUGGUUCAUGUGUCAGUAAAGAUACUCUGUUUUUUCAUCUGCCUGUCUAUGGGAGCAAUGUUGUUCUCUCAGUAUAUACUGUUGAUGGAUGAUGUCCCAGGUAUAAUAGUGUAGUUCUGCCUGGCUUCAGUACAGUGACAGGCAUCUGUCUUCCUUGUCAAACAAAGACAUUGUGUUGGGUCACUUAUCUUUAGUGCAAUCUGUUGCUGGCCUGCCCAUUAGUAUAAUGGUGCAAUCCACCCGUCCAUACACAAAUGUCACAUUGUUGUGACAUUGCCCUUAAAAAUGUGUGCUCUCUGCUGCCUCCGAAGUAGCCAGUUUGUGGCACUUCUCAGCCUCUCCAGGGAUUGUGGAUCCUCUCAAAAGGGUGUGAUCCUUUAUCUGCUGUGUUAACAAUGAAGAGGCAAACUUGACUCUUCUUGGGAUCUUCAGAGCCCUCACAAGCAGACGUAAAGGAACUGAGGGACAGGGAGAGUGAGUGUGGGCACAGGUGGGCACCCCGAGGGGAAGCACAGUGCUUCCAAAACACUUUGCUGAGUGCACAGUCAGGUUGGGGCCUUUGAGGAGUGACAGUGGGACAGUUCCCCGCUGGUCUCCUUCUUUGUCUGUUUUCAUCACCAUUUCUGUCCAUCAGCACAAAUGUGAAAAUUCAGGGAAAACAAAUGCUUUUUGAUAAAAGUAAAUAGUUGUGAUUUCCGAUUCAAAUAUUUUUAGAGCUGAUGCUAUCUGUAAAAAUUAAUAAUAAUAUAGUCUAUUUUACAUAUCAGGAAAGUGAACAUGUUUCAAUAUAGCCAUAUGUAGUGAGAAGGAAUUUACCACCCCUUCUUCAAAUCAAGGCAUUUCAUUGUUGGUUAAAGCAGAUGAGACGUGUACAGAUUGGAAAUGAUUUCAUUUUUUUCUUCCUUUUUUUUUUUAAUGAAUAACCAACUGGUGCAACUCUCCUUGUAACCAAAGGCCCUUUAUGCCUUCUGUCACGUAGGACCUGGCCCUUCUUUCCUCGUGUGUUUUGUCUGACCUAAAGUAGCAUUUUACUGAGUCACUUUUGAAGGACGAAUUCAGAAGUAUCAUUAAGAACCUACCUUUUCAGGCUUCGUAGCCAGAGUCCUAUAGAGUUCUUAUAGAAACAGAAUCAUUGAAAAUCAGCAUAUACUAUGCUUAGAAAGUAUUCCGUUUUGGUUUGGGUUUGGUUUUUUCUUUUACUUGUUUGUGUAUGUAUUGCAGGAAUAUAACUUUUGCCCUGCCUGCAUUCAAUUCAAAAUGCAUAUUGUACAUUUUUCCAGCACCCAACCCACCCACAAAAAAAAAAAGAACAUAUCCAGAUUUGUAAUGUGCAUACACCCAACCUGUACGUGUGUACAGGUACGUAAUGCACUGGGAAAUCUACCGAAGGUCUCCACUGAGAAGCAGAACUCCGUAGCUGAUCUUGGUAUAAAGAAGAAAGCUGUAGUUGAAGGCAAAGACUACUUUAGCUCUGUCAUCUCCACUCAUUGCUGGGCUAGCCAGAGCAAAAAGGAGCAGGUUGACCCACGGAAACAAGAUGAAGGGCUGAGGUGGGUGGAGGCCUGGUCCCUUUGGCGAAUACACUGAAAUUCAUCAUGAACUUGAGUUCCAGCUUCCACCACUCUCAGAAAGGGCUAGGGACCAGGUUCUGGUCACACAGGAGAGUCCAGUUAUCAGGAAGAGGACUGGUCAAGGUGUGGAACAGCUGGUUCACACACCAUUUUGUCACUGGGUCAAAACAAACAACUGGUCUUCGGUGCAGUAGAUUUCUCAGUGCCUUCUUUAGGAACUCUAUCUUAAGCACACUUUAAGGGAAAGAAAAAAAGGAGAGAAUGUGUGUUUUCAUGAAGCCCCUUCCUCUAAAAAGAUCAGGAAUCAAGAAGAAGAAGAAGAA